AUGGCUAAAGGGAAUAGUGUUACCUCCAUGGUUUUACCAUCAUCACUAACACUGUUACUGAUGAUGAGUAUCUUCAUUUCAAUCUUUGUGAUUUCCAUUACUUGUUUUCAUGAUGAUGAAGAGAGACACAUAUACUUGGUUCUAUUGGAAGGAGAUGGAAUUGCUUUCCAAAAAGGUUCUCAUAGUCAAGAUUCAACAACAAUUGAUCCCAACAGUUUGGGCGCGGAAACGGAAGCAAAACACGAUGAAAUUCUACAAAGCGCUCUGGAAGAUGGAAGCUACAAGAAGCUCCACAGCUUUAAACACAUGUUCAAUGGGUUUUCCGUGCGCACGAGCCGAUCCCAGGCCACGAAGCUGAGAAACUUGGCCGGAGUGAAGCUUGUACAGAGAGACAACGGAGCCAAGCUUAUGACAACCCACACUCCCCAGUUUCUAAGCUUACCCACUGGUAUUUGGACGCAGCUUGGAGGACCCGCACACGCCGGCGACGGCGUUGUCAUUGGUUUUGUUGACAGCGGCAUCAACCCCACCCACCCUAGCUUCGCUUACGAUCCCAACUUGCACCCUUUCACCUCUAACCUCACUUCUUUCUCAUCCGCUGAGUGUCAGUUCGGUCCCUUCUUCCCUGCUUCUUCUUGCAAUGGCAAGAUUGUGUCUGCCAAGUUCUUCUCUGCUGGUGCCCAAGCUGCGGUGAACCUUAAUGCUUCUGUCGACAUCCUUUCACCCUUUGAUGCUGAAGGACAUGGCAGUCAUGUUGCCUCUAUUGCUGCUGGAAAUGGUGGUGUUCCCGUUGUUGUGAACGGCGUCUUCUAUGGGAAAGCUAGCGGUAUGGCACCUCGUGCAAGGAUUGCGGUUUAUAAGGCUGCAUAUCCAAGCGGGUCAACUCUUGCAGAUGUUGUUGCAGCUAUGGAUCAAGCUGUGAGUGAUAGGGUGGAUAUAUUAACAGUGUCUGUGGGACCAGAUGAACCACCACCAGAUGGCACAUUAACCUUCGUAAACAUGUUUGAGGUUGCCAUGUUAUUUGCAAGGAAAGCAGGAGUUUUUGUGGUCCAAGCUGCAGGGAACAAGGGUCCAUAUCCUUCAACUGUGGUCUCUUUUAGUCCCUGGGCCAUGGGGGUUGGCGCUUCCACCACUGACAGAACCUACCCUGCUCAUCUUCUUCUUGGGAAUGGCCAAGUUCUAGAUGGUGCUAGCCUAUCAGGGCCAGGUUUUGGAAAUGGAAAAGUUUUACAAAAGCUGGUGUUAGCCAAGGAUGCAUUGAAAAAAAAUGGAACAUUCCAACACACUCCGGAAUAUAUAGAAGAGUGCCAGCAUCCAGAAGUUUUCGAUCCAAACUUGGUGUUUGCAAGGAUAGUUAUCUGUACCUGCUCAUAUGGAUUCUAUACUGGAACCUCCUCUUUUGCUGCCAUUGUUGAUACGGCAAGGACUCUAGGUUUCUCAGGUUUUAUCUAUGUUGCAAAUCCAAGAUAUGGUAGUUACAAACCGCAGGCAUAUCCUUUUGCUCUUCCUUCCAUAUUGAUCUCUCGUGUAGAUGAUGCCAAGGUUAUAUCACAAUAUUAUGAAGAACAUACCAAGAGGGAUGAGAGAGGAAAUUUCAUAGAAUCUGAUGCCAUGGCAGCUAUAGGGGAAGGAAGAGUAGCCUCUUUCACGGGGCGAUCACCGGUUGUUAGUUUAUUUUCUUCAAGGGGUCCGGAUAUCAGUAACAAUAGAAAAAGUCUUGCUGAUGUACUUAAACCUGAUGUUCUUGCUCCAGGGGACCAAAUAUGGGCAGCCUAUAGCCCCAUGAGUGUCUCGAAUCCCAUGCUGAGAGGGCAUGAAUUUGCAAUAUUAUCCGGUACCAGCAUGGCCACACCUCAUGUAGCCGGAAUCGCAGCACUAAUCAAGCAACAUAAUCCAUCAUGGACUCCAUCUAUGAUAGCAUCUGCAAUAACCACAACCAGCACAAAGUUUGAUAAUCUUGGAGAGAAUAUAAUGGCAGAAAGCUAUCCGAUAGGCACCUUGCAUCCCUCCACUCCCUUUGAAUGUGGGGCAGGCAUUGUCAACCCUAACCGUGCCAAUGAUCCAGGCUUGGUUCUGCCAUCAGAGUUUGCAGACUAUGUCAGCUUCUUAUGCUCUUUGCCCGGCAUUGGCCAGGAUACAAUACUUGCUACCAUAGGGGUACCUUGCAACCAAUCAUUUUCCGAUCCAUAUGAUCUAAACCUUCCUUCAGUAACAAUAUCUGCACUGAGAGGCUCAGCUUCUAUGCGAAGAACUUUCAUCAAUGUGGGGAACAAAACGGAGACAUAUUUGGCCACUGUUAUGCCUCCAUUUGGAACUACCGUUGAUCUGUCUCCAACUUGGUUUACCAUAAGUCCGCAAGGAACACAAGAUCUGAACAUUCGACUCAAUGUUUACGCUACCAUGAAAAAUUUCAGCUUUGGUGAAAUUGUUUUGACAGGAAAUUUGAAUCACAUUGUAAGAAUAACGUUGUCAGUUUUACCUUCUUUAAUAUAUUGA